AUGGCAUCGGCGCAGGUGUUGAAGAAGCAAGAGCAUUUGGAAGCUGGAAAGAGGAAGCUAGAGGAGUUCCGCAGAAAGAAAGCUGCAGAAAAGGCUAAAAAAAAUACCGCUGCUAGUCAACCUCCUCCUGCGUCAGACUUUCCAAACGAGAAACAACCAUCAGCAAAUGUGCUUGUACGCCUUACAGAACAUAAUGGAGCAGGUACCUCUGAUGUACCAGCAGAAGAUCGUGUGGGUCUGCCGGCUGUUGUUCCAGAUGUUGCGUCCAAGGAAGCAGAUACUUCCAUUAAAAGUGAUUUUGGUCCCUCCGUGGAUACCAAUGCUUCCAACACUUCUCUUUCGGCAAUGAAUAACGACAUAAGGUCACCUGUUCAAGAGAUUUUCUUCUUGAAUGAUAAUGAGCAUGUGGAUGGUGCUGGUCCCAUGAGUUCUGCUAGAAUUAGAAGUGCUAAAGGUAAUUUCGAGAAUAGAAUGGAUGGUGAUGAUCGGUCAUCAGCUCAAGUUAUGUAUGUUCCGGGGAAUGACCUCUCUUUGGAUCAAGUAGGAUCUAUUCAGGAAGUACCAGCUUCCAGUCACUUCACCUACCAUGGGUUAGAUAAUUACCUGUCCAAUAACACUGUUGACCGUGUCAAUGAUCUUCUACCUGGCAGAUCUGAUUCAAUCUCCAUUUUCCCCUCUGAAGUUUUACUCAAGAAUUCUUCUGUCAGCACCUUACUGCCGGACAAGUUGGAAAAUAGAGGGUAUGAGGCUAACAACCUAACGUCCCCACCUUACCAAGAGUCUCUACGUUCUAGCUCGAGUAUAGUCUAUGCUGGACUUGAACAAAAACAGUCUGCUUUUCCUCAUAUGCUGGAGAAGAAAUUCGGUGAAACUACUGAUUAUAUGGGUAGUACAAACCAUUCAUCUCCAUGGACCCCCGGCCAUAGGUAUUUGGAUAAUAAUUCUGAUGUUCGAAGCUCUCCAAAUCAGGCACCAGGAUCUUCACCUGCAGCUGUGAGGAGAUCUCGUCCCUCCUUUCUUGAUUCCAUACAGAUCCCGAAAGGUCCGUCAUCAUCCUCUGACAAUUUUAGCGAAGAAAAAGACACCAAAUUAGAUUCCAAGGACUACCCAGUUAAUGGUUUAGGGUCAUCAGUUUCUCAGCAAUCUGGUAGCUCUUCAGUCACACCUGGAGAUGGGGUUGGCCUUUUCAAUAAUUUUGUUGGCAAGAGACAUGAGUUUUUUUCCCAAAAGCAGAACGAAGACUUUGCUGCUUUGGAACAGCAUAUUGAAGAUUUAACGCAAGAGAAAUUCUCACUUCAACGUGCUCUUGAAGCUUCACGGUCUUUAGCAGAGUCCUUAGCAUCUGAAAAUUCUGCUUUAACGGAUAGCUUUAAUCAGCAGGGAGUCGUCGUCAACCAGCUGAAAUUCGAGCUUGAAAAAGUAGACGAAGAACUCAAGGCUCAAAUGGUGCAAAUUGAAGCUGUAAAAAUAGAAUAUGCUAAUGCCCAGCUGGAAUGUAAUGCAGCUGAUGAACGUGCAAAGCUAUUGGCUGCCGAAGUUAUUGGCCUGGAAGAGAAGGCAUUAAGGUUGAGGUCCAAUGAAUUAAAAUUGGAGAGGCAGUUGGAAAAUAGCCAAACUGAAAUUUCCUCUUUCAGGAAGAAAAUGACAUCCCUCGAGAAAGAUCGUCAAGAUCUACUUUCAACUAUUGAUGCCUUACAAGAAGAGAAAAAGCUUUUACAGUCCAAAUUACGCAAAGCUUUGUCAGGUGGAAAAUCCAUUGACUUGACCAAGACUUCAGACAAUAAAAAGAAUGCGUCGACGUCCACAGAGGAUCUUGACACCAGUUCCACCUCAGAACCUGAAAACUCAAAUAAUUUGGGCACUGCCUUGCUGGAAGGUGAUAACCACGGUUCUCAGUUAUCGCACGAAAACACACAUCUUAAUCUCGAGGGUCUGCACAUGGCUAUUCCUCCUGACCAGAUAAGAAUGAUUCAAAAUGUUAAUACAUUAAUCGCUGAGUUAACAUUGGAGAAAGAUCAGUUGAUACAAGCCUUGUCAGCAGAAUCAUCUGAAAAUUCCAAGCUUUUGAAUUUGAACAAGGAAUUGACCCGGAAGCUUGAAGCACAAACACAGAGAUUGGAGCUCUUGAUGGCUCAAAGUAUUGCAGCUGAUAAUCCCCAACAAAGACAACUGGAUCCAAGGGUGGUCCACGAAAGCACGAGAUAUGCUGAUGAAGGUGAUGAGGUGGUGGAGAGGGUGUUGGGCUGGAUCAUGAAGCUCUUCCCUGGUGGCCCAUCAAGAAGGCGACCCGGAAAGCACCUCUGA